CGGCGCCGAGCGGCUCUAACUGCGUUCGCCAGUCUGACGGCCCAGGGUGGGCGCAGGUCCUUGAGGGCGCACCGCUGCUCAGCAGACAAAAAGAAACUUUGGGGCCCCCGGAGUGCCGGCUGGCGGGGCGUUCGGUUGGCUUUUCGUGCUUGGUCUUGAGGCUCCGCCGCUCCAGGAAGCGCGAUGUCGAAGCCGCCACCCAAACCGGUCAAACCAGGGCAAGUUAAAGUGUUCAGAGCUCUUUAUACGUUUGAACCCAGAACGCCAGAUGAAUUGUACUUCGAGGAGGGUGAUAUUAUCUACAUUACUGACAUGAGUGAUAACAAUUGGUGGAAAGGCACCUCCAAAGGCAAGACUGGACUAAUCCCGAGCAACUAUGUGGCCGCACAGGCAGAAUCCAUUGACAAUCCGUUGCACGAAGCUGCAAAAAGAGGCAACUUGAGCUGGUUGAGGGAGUGUUUGGACAACCGAGUUGGUGUGAAUGGCUUGGACAAAGCCGGGAGCACUGCCCUGUACUGGGCCUGCCACGGGGGCCACAAAGAUAUAGUAGAAAUGCUGUUUACUCAACCAAACAUUGAACUGAACCAACAGAACAAGUUGGGAGACACAGCUUUGCACGCCGCUGCCUGGAAGGGUUAUGCAGACAUCGUCCAGUUGCUUCUGGAAAAAGGUGCAAGAACAGACUUAAGAAACAACGAGAAGAAGCUGGCCCUGGACAUGGCUACUAAUGCGGCUUGUGCAUCUCUCCUGAAAAAGAAAGAGGGAAGAGAUGCUGUUCGAACAUUAAGCAAUGCCGAGGAGUAUCUUGAUGAUGAAGACUCAGAUUAAUUCCCUUCUGGAGCUUUGAGAUCUAAAACUUCUAUUGCCUUUGCCAUUCCAAAACCCUUGUCUUUGCCAGAAGAGUGUUGGUAACUGUUUUUUGGUUGCUGUUGUUGUUGUUGGGUUUUUUUUUUUAAGUCUAUAUGAACAUGGAAGUAUUGCACUGUGUUUGAGUAGCACAUGUAAAUGAGUAGGUUCUCACCUUUAGUCUCACCUUUAGUUUGCCAAUAAGUGACUGGAUAUUUUGCUGUAUAAAGUACAUUUUUGUUCACCAGAGUAGAAGAAGAAGAGAUUAUUUCUAUUUAUCAAGCUAAAGGAAUUUUAAGAAUUUUUCUUUAAAAAAAAAAAAAAAACCAGAUUUUUUUUUUUUUUUAGUUAAAGUUCUUUACCUCAAGGAUUGACAUAUUUUGAAUGGAUUUUUUUCAAGGGGGAGAAUGCUUGUUAUAAUAAUGAACCAAAAGACUUAACAGAAAAUCGUCAGCUAUUCUGACAAAAAUAAACAUUUUAAGAGACUGUA